AGACAAGGAACACGACGACGAGGAAGAAGAAGCCACAGAGUUCCCGUUUCAUUGCUGUUUGUUUCUCUGUUUUUUCCCUCUCCCAUCUAAAAGUAAGUGCCAAGCUGAUCAGCAGGAGGAGAAGAGUCUGACAGAGCAGCAGAGGAACAUUUUCAGCCAUCUGGACUCAGCUGAGUCACUACAGAGAAAACAAUGAGCUCAACACAGAAGGACCAACAUGGAGCGAGACAUCAGCGCUCUCAGGAGGCCGACAAACCUCACAGAAGAAAGAGAGAGAAAACAUACACCUCUGACGAAUGUGGGAAGAGUUUUACUUUAAAAGGUUCACUAAAACAUCAUCAGGUCAUCCACACUGGAGAGAGACAGUUCAGCUGUGACUUGUGUGGAAAGUCUUUUUCCAUGAAGGGUUACCUAAAACAACACCAACUCAUCCACAGUGGAGUUAAAGCGUACACCUGUGAUCAGUGUGGCAGAGCUUUUACUCACAGUAGCUACUUACAGAAUCAUCUAGUUACCCACUCUGGAAUUAAGGCAUACAGCUGUGACAUUAGUGGAAAAACUUUCAGCCGGCAAGAACACAGAAAUAUACACAUUCACACCAGACACGAUGUGUACUGCUGCGAACAGUGUGGCAAAUACUUUGCUACAGUUGCACAUUUACAACAACACAUGUUUACCCACACUGAGGAGAGACCUUAUAAAUGUGACCUGUGUGAGAAGACCUUUAAAUCUCCACGUAACCUGAGAGAACACCAACAGAUCCACACCAGAAAGAGACUCUACAAGUGCAGUUACUGUGAGAAGCAGAGCGACACAGAUGGAUCCAGUUCUCAACCCUGUCAUCACUGUGGGAAAGACUUUCGUUGUGACCUUUGUGGAAAAACUUUCAGUCAGCAAAAGACCCUAAAAAGACAUCAACGUAAACACACUGGAGAAGAACUGAAAUACUGCAAAGAAUGUGGGAGAAGCUUCACCACAUCAACUGAGUUAAAACGACAUGAACUGAUUCACAGUGGGGUUAAAAAGCACCUUUGUUAUCAGUGUGGGUCAUCUUUCACCUCUGCAAGUAAGCUUAAAUCACACAAACGAGUCCACACAGGAGAGAAACCAUACAAGUGCAGACACUGUGACAAAAGCUUCUCACAUUCAGGUAAUCGUAACAAGCAUGAACAUACACACAUGGAAGGAAACUACAGCUGUGACCAGUGUGACAAGAGCUUCAGGAAUCUCAGUUCAUACUCCGAACACAAACGAUCCCACGUUACUAAUAAACUGUUUCACUGUUACCAAUGUGCCCAAACAUUCACUUCAUUGUCUGCUCUGUGCAAACAUCAGCGUGAUCACUCAGGGCUGAAAUCACUCCCAUCGCAGUGAAUCUGAAGAGACAGAAAGAUCCUCUGGUUUCAGUGUUGGACUUAAAAAGCUUGAGAUCAGGCUCCACAGAGUUCAGAUACAAUCAUUUAAUCUAGGGGUGGGUUUUAAUAAUCGAUUCAUCAAUAAAAAUCGAUUUUGGCUUGGAUAAUGUGAUAUCGAUUCAUUGAAAUCUUGAAUCGAUUUUUUUAUAUAAAUGUAUUUUGUCCAAAAUUCCAGAAUCUCAGGUGAAAUGUCACUAAAUUUUGACAACCACCAAAAAUUUAAAACAGUAAAUGAGAGCAGGUAGACGUCUUCUGCACAAAGACGUAAACACAAAGCGCGGACCCACAGAUCAGAAUCAGUGAGAUGUCGCCUUUCUCACCCGACUGCACGGACACGGUCGGGGCUGAAAGCUGACAGCUCGCUGAUUCUGAUGUUUCGGCGGGUCCGCGCUUUGUGUUCACGCCCUUUUUGCGCUGAUUCUAAAGCUGUUGUAUCUCUCUCCAAACAAUAUUGACCGAACCAGCGGCAAAAGAAGAUCCAAACUACGCUUCACAUAAACAUCGUCAUGGGCUCUCUCUCUCUCUCUCUCUCUCUCUCUCUCUCUCUCUCUCUCUCUCUCUCUCUCUCUCUUUCUCACAGUGUACUUCAAGAACAGUUUCCCGUCCAUCCCCGAAAUCUGUUUUCUGCAUUAUUCGCUUGAUUGUUACGCACAAGACUACCAUUAUUUACAGCGCUGUCGGCCGAUGUCUUUUUUUCCCCUUUUACUUACUAGGGACUAGUAAAGCGCUAUUGAAAUACAGGCCAUUUACCAUUUACUUCCGAAAAGAAAACCUCAUUUCUGCCAUUCAAUAGGCUUCUGAACAAAUUUAAACUUUUUAAAAUUAUACAAAAUGCAAAACGCUUAGCUGUGUCUCUAAUAAAACCGCUGUAACUUCAGCGGUAAUGUUCAUAUGUUGAUUAAUGGUUUUCUUUCGUUUUUGAUGUACUGCAGAAUAUUUUUAUAAAAUCCCAGGCCAGGAAAAUCACCUUCAUGUUUUUCUGUGUUUUAUCUUCAGCUACUUUGACACAAAGGCAUCUGCAAUGAUGCUUACACCUUUAAUAAAGUCUGGAAAGUGUCAGCUUCCUUUUUAUAGAUACAAAAAUAUGUAAAUGUACUGAUCUGAAUUAUAAUAUUUCUGACUGUCUGGGGCAAAAUUUCCUAGAUUCAAAUAGAAUUGAAUCGAAUCGUGAAUCGAAUCGUGGAUCGAAUCGAUUCUAGAAAUCGGUGACGAUACCCGGCCCUAAUUUAAACUUGUGUUGAACUGAACUGGUUCCUGGGCUGAACUUCUAGAUAAUACAGAAUUUUGUUUUACUGAGUCAGUUUUGUCAUUUUUUUCUCUCCUGGUUUUGCUCGUCUGUAAAUAAUUGAAGCUCAGUCAAAUAGUUCAUUGUUCUCCAGCAAAACGUUUUGGAAACUCAUGUUUAACCUUUAAAACUCUGACAUGUUUUAGCACACAAGGCUUCAUCAGGGAGUUCACUCAUGAUUGGACCAUGAGAAUAAAGGUUUUUAGUUCUUUCAAAGAGAGUCUUGGAGCUGUUUGAUGUUUUUGUUUUUUCUGAAACCACCUGAAAGAAAAACUAUUUUUCUUGCUUUAUGUAGUGUGGAAGUUUUUAAUGUUUCUUUCAUCUGUGAUGUUCUUGAAUGUGUUCACAUGAAGAUGGUACAA